AUGGAUACUUACAACAGAGAAACACUGCUGGCAGACUUUGAUACGUUCAAUAUUUCUGAGGAACUUGGAUUUCUGCUUGAAGAGCCUCUGGUAAGUUUCCUUGUCCUCUUUGCUUGAAUCUCUUUUGGAAUUUUUGAGUAUAAAUAUCAUAUUAAGGACGUCUUAUCUAUUUCCAAAUACUGCUAAACAAACAGAACACCAUGGACUUUUUAAAUAAAGUCUCUGAAGAAUUAAACAUCAGUGUUAAACACAGCCCACUCAUCUGUUUAUACAGUGAUUUCUCUUAAGGACAUUCCCCGUUUUCUGCUUGGGCAAUUUUCUCAGUUUCCGUCUGCCUCCUCUUUAAAUUGCUUUCUGUCUGUGAUUGAUAGCUGCAGUCAUUCCCUGACAUGCAGGUCAGGCACCACGGUAAACAUGAGCUGAUGAUGUUACUGAUGACACUCUACUUGAAAAUCCCCCAUGCGAAAUAAACACAUAAAUAAAAAAAUAAACAAGAAGGUAAUUUUUAUUCUUAUUAUUCAUCAGACUCAACUUCCAGACUAUUAUCGUCUAUGGAUGGACCUGGCGAGUAAUCUCAAUCAUCUGAUAGAGACUCGUAAACUACAGGAUCUGGUUCAUAAGGUAGGGAUGAGCAUAUAGGAGCUCCUUUCACAUAAAUGUGGACAUGACAGAAUAUAUAUAACCAGAAAAAUCUCAUCUCCAGAUGCCAGUUUUGAGUACUCAUCUCCUGAUGGACCAUCGGGAGCUUAGGUUGGCUCAUCUAGCUCUAGGAUUCAUCAGCAUGGGAUAUGUCUGGCAGGAGGGACAACAUGCACCUGCAGAGGUAAAAAAAAACGACAACUGUGCACUGGAAAAUGGGGCUAUGGCAAAAACAAUUCAGUCAGUGGUGGAUUGACAAUCUGGGAAAAAACAUUUGACCAUGAGUGAAGCUAUUUUGGUAACUCUGUGAUGCUUUAAUGUUACAAGCUACACACUAAUGUAAACUUGCUAAAAUGCUGAUGUUGCUUGCUGCCAAUUUCUGAUUCAUUAAUUGAAAAAAGAAUGAAAAUAUUUAUUCGCCUUAAAGUUAUGACUAAGAUGUAUGUGUAAUCAAUAGCUAAGACAAAGUCAUUAUGUUCAUUUGUGUCAUUCUGGGUUACAAAGUAAGAAAAGACUAAUGUUGUUAAAACGUGAUUUCUAGUCUCACCCUUAUAAAAAAGAAUGGAGGUUGUUAGGUCAAAGCUUAUAUUAGAUUGGUGUAGUAUUGGUGUCAGCAGAUACCAAAACCCAUGUAUGUGCAUUGGGACUCAAAAAGUUGGAUUGGUGCUUCCCUACUUCAAGAUGACAUCUGUUACCUGUGCUUGUUUUCAUCCGCGUAGUUGAGCUAAAUUAAGAAUAAGACAUGCACAUCCCUCAGUGGGUGCUGGAUCCAAAAUAAUCAGGCACAGAGAAAAAAGACAUAAGGGUAUGCACACCAGCUCUUGUAUUUAAUUAAGUGAUAAUAACUAAUUAAUAAUUAAAAUGCUUUUAAUUAAUUUGACUGGUAAUUUUUGUGCAAAUAAGCCACGGUGGCAACAUGAAAUAGUUGUCUAGAAUUAAGUUGAGCAGAGAAGCAGUUGCUAAAACAGAUCAGCCAAAACAAACGGAAGUAGAAAGCAUACAUCUCUAUGCACAUAAGAUUACAUUUAGCUCACAGGAUGUCUAAAAAAAAAAAACUGUGAACAUAUGGUGACUCUAGGAGGAAAGUUAGGGAAUCCUCAAUGUCAGCUGGAAGCUGAGAGGCGGGCUAACAGCCGUAAUUGAUACUGAAAAUGUCAGUAAAGCAACACAACUGGAUUUAAACGUAACCUCUGUGGUUGUCUGACAGAUUCUUCCAAAAGCCCUGUCCUGGCCUUUUUGGCAGAUAUCCCGCAGGCUUGGCCUUCCACCCAUCCUGACAUAUGCAGACUCAGUUUUAGCCAACUGGAAACUAAAAGACCCUUCUGGGUGAGUAAGGGGACUAUGUUGUAGUUACUUCAUGUUCUUCGUCCACAGACACUACAGGAUUACACUGAGUAAGAAAUCUCAAUCUCUUUUGUCGCCAAAAACAAUUCUAACUGUUUUCUUUAUUUUGAUUUCAGGGUAAUGGAAAUCAGGUGAGUAGAAGGGAAAGAAAAAUAAUUAUUGUUUUUGCUCAACUUCACUUUUGACUGUUCUGUAUGGACUCAUUUAAAAAACAGGAACAUGGACUUGAUAUUUUCCUUUCCUGGUGGGGAAAGUUGCCGAGGAUUUUUCAUCGUGUCACAGUUGGUUGAGAUGGCUGCCAGUUCAGGCAUAACGGUUAGUCCUGGCUGCGGUUACUCUUCCUCUUUUUUUGUAUUAACUCUUUCCAACCUCAGCCUUAUUUUUUUUGCAUAUCUACUUUCUCUUUCUGUUUCGAUCCACAUACUUUGACUGCAUGUGUUCCUCAUCAUUUAAUGUUGGUUUUUACAAUUCUGAACUCUGUCCAGGGGGUUCUGGAAGUGAUGCAUGCAAUGAAAAUCUCAGACCUCAUCGGCAUUCAGAAAGGUCUCACAAAAGUGACUCAGUCUUUGAAGAAGAUGAAGGAAACCUUCAAACUCAUGCACAGUUAGUUUUGAAUUAAAACUUGCCAAUUUGAAUUUAAUCAAUUUACAUGCUGUGCAGUUUAUUAAGGCAGAGAAAUUCAAGGCAAUUAGACUGACUCAAUGUGUUCUCUUUGCAGAUCAUGUGGACCCAACUGUGUUUCAUGGAAAAUUAAGAAUAUUUCUUUCAGGGUGAGUUUCAGGGCUGGCACAAUGUCCAAUAUAUACAAAUUCAUCUUAUCUGGUGUGGAAAACAGCAUUUCAGGGCAUCGAAGCACCUUUCUGUAACUACUCUGCUGUGUAUACUGUUUUCUACUGACUAUUAGUCGCACUUUUUUUUCAUCGUUUGGCUGGGUUUGCGACUUAUACUCAGAUGCGACUUAUUUAUAUUAAAAUAUGUAGUUUCACGUUUGUUAUUUUUACACUGACAGCCACUAGAGGGCACUCUAGGCUGGUGUACCAGUAUCUCCUACUUCUGUGCCACUGAGAAUUUGAAAUUGACGUUAACUCAUAUCUACUCAGAUCGAGAGUUCGGUAGACUUGUUUUGUUAUGUUUUUUAUGCGAUAGUUAUCUGAAUAACUGUUAAUAUGUUAUAUCAUCGUGUUACGUUAGCAUACUGCACACCUACUCAGCCUGUUUCGAGAUGAAAUGUCUGUUCUUGGUCUUGGAUUUUGCAAAUUGACUUUUAUCGGUAUAUGAUUUUUCUUCUUCAUCAUGCAUUUUUUGGCUGGUGCGAUUUACACUCCAGAGCGACUUAUAGCCCGGAAAAUACGACAGUUGUUUCUACUGCUGAACUGGAAGGAUAGCUUAUAAAAUAGUGUUGUAUUCUUCUAAUCUCAUGUGAAUAGAUGGUGUAAAGAACAUGUAUGUUUGAUCUGCUUCAGGUGGCGAGAUAACCCUUUGCUUCCAAGAGGGCUACUGUAUGAAGGCGUGAGCGAUGAGCCGAUUUUUUUAUCAGGCGGCAGUGCAGCCCAGAGUUCAGCCAUCCAGUGUUUUGAUACCUUGCUGUGCAUCCAGCAUGAGGAUGAGACAGGUAAAGAUGCAUCUGCUUCAACCUUUGACCCUCCUGAUGUUUCCCAUGAAUGAAUCACUCUGUUUGUGCAGUCACUUGAUUGCUUUGACAGAAAAUGUUUCCAGGAAAGGUGGUUAUUUGCUUCCUCUCUCUUCAUUGAUUCACCCAAUCUAGGUGUCUUCCUGACACGCAUGAGGGAUUACAUGCCUCCCGCCCACCGACAUCUGAUAGAAACCCUCUCUGUGGGUCCGUAUCUGCGAGACUUCAUCCAAUCUCAUCCCAGUUCUGACCUCUGUCAGGCCUACAAGUCCUGCGUCUCAGCGCUGGUGGAUUUACGUAAUUAUCACCUCAAUACUGUAACUAAAUACAUAAUUGUGCCUGGAAAUCGAGCUCGGGCUGUGGGCUGCCCGUUCAGAGGAGUGUGCAGUGCGCUGGACAAGACAGGGGCUGGUGGAUCAGUCCUAAUGGUCCUCCUUAAGACUGUUCGCAACAGCACCCAAAAAGGACUGGAUAUGAAGAAACCAUCUGUGAGAGGUUGA